CUGGACAAGAUACCUCAUUCUAUUAAGUUAAUUAAAAAGAAUUACAUUUAUGGCAACGCCAACCAUAAAGUGAAUGUCUAUGUCAAAGUGCACAGAAAUAGCCCGUUUCUAGUCUGCAUGGAUAUCUCCCUUUCACAAAAUGAAGUCAUUGACCCCACCUAUUUAUGGAUUGGGCCAACUGGACAGAUUCUAAAAGGAAAAAGCUAUGUGAAUCUCACGGCAACUGGAAAAUUGAUGUUGCUUGGUUUUAGAGCGCGCAUGUCCGGAUCUUAUACUUGCACACUUUCUUACAGAGUUUUUCGAAAUGACUUGCAAGCAGAACAGGAAAGAUUCAAGACAUAUAAAUUUAUGGUUUACGCAUAUCGUGAACCAGAUUAUACGUACCGAAUGUCUGUUCACUUCGAAACAAAAGCAUGCAACUUAUUGGCAAAUGACGAGUUCUUUGAAGAGCUAAAGAAAAUUCUGAAUAAUCUGAUUUCCUACCUGACGUGUCAUAUCGCCGACACAUCGUACAAAUGUCACUCUGUCAAGCGACCCAAACACGGGAUAGGAACUGAGCUGUUCAUUGUUUUUCAAGUAAACCCAUUUGCCCGUGGCUGGGACAUUAUUUGCCACCAGAUUCCUGCUGACUGUGAAGAUGUGACCAAUGGCCAUAUUCAACAGGCUCGAUGGCUCAUAGAAGAGUUUUUCCGCAGGCAGGAGGCCUUCCUGAAGGAAAACUAUCGGAAUACGCCCCCAAUCCGUUACAUUGAUCAUAGUUUCCAAGUCACUCGUCUGGACAACUGUCGCCCAGGGUUUGGGAAAAAUGACAUCACUCACAGUGACUGCGCAAAUUGUUGUGUGGCCUGUGAUCCUGGGACUUAUAGUCCAAGCAAUGAAGUGUUUUGUGAGAAAUGUACGAGCAUCCGGAUUAAACACUAUGGAGCAAAAUCCUGUUAA